GAUCACACGUCCACGCGGGACUGCAAUAAAACACUCGAGAACUCAAACCUGGCAGUUUUUCAUCCUUACAAACAUACUUUCGUCAAUUCAACUUGAAGACAGCAACGGGACAUAAAGUUUCACGUUUUUUGGAAGGCUUUUAAUCCACGGCAUUGACUGAGUAUCCUAUAAUAUGUGCGUCAAGUGCCAACAUGCAUAUAAGAGUUAGGACGGGGAGCAUGCAUGAGUUACUCCCAUAAAAAGUGGACUAUUAUCUAUACAAUGACCGUAUUCCUUAAUUCUGGAAUGUCUCACAUGUCCUUUUAUAACCGGUUGCAACACUUCGACCAAUCACCUGUUCUGUUGCAGCCAAACGAGGAGUAGAACGGCAUCACACCAACUCGAACCCGACGUCAUUUAUAAACUAAGAAGGGUAGCUUCUUAGUUUAAGAGUAGCUAAGAAAGGAUAUACCAGAGAAGAACCAAACAGUUCCAGGCUGCGCAACUCUUCACCGCCGCGGAGGCAGCAGCCCCUCCCGAGGGAUGCUUCUCGGCUGCCGGGUCCUGGGAGCGACGCAUCUGCUCCUGCGCUGGUCCCCAGUCACGUCGUCUUGUUACUCAAGCGGACUUAAGAGGAGAUGAGAGCCGCGUUCCUGCACUUCCUUGUCUGCGUCCUGUGCCCUUUACGCACCGCCGCUGAGGAGGUCCCGCUACCACGAGAGUUGUUGGACCGUCUAUCCAGGAGCGAGAUCCGCAGUAUCAGUGACCUCCAGCGGCUCCUGGAGAUAGACUCCGUAGAGAAUGAGGUGAUCCAGGAGACCAAACAGACCCACCACAAGGACUUCUCCCACGGUUACCAUGACCUGAAGAGAUCCCAGACACACACACGACGCAAGAGAAGCACUGUCGUGGAGGAGGCCCUGCCGGCGGGGUGUAAGGCGCGGACGGUGAUCCACGAGAUCUCCAGGAGCCAGGUGGACCCCACGGCCGCUAACUUCCUGGUGUGGCCUCCCUGCGUGGAGCUGCGGAGGUGUACCGGCUGCUGCAACACCGGCAACAUGUGCUGUGUGCCCGCACGCACACGCCACCGUACCGUCAAGGUGGCUAAGGUGGAGUAUGUGCGAAGGCGUCCCAGACUGAGGGAGGUGCAGGUGAGGCUGGAGGAACACCUGGAGUGCAUGUGCACCUCCAAAUGCCACAUUGUGGAAAACACAGACAACGGUGUGAGGUGAAGAACAUGGAGGGACUUGAUAGGGUGGGAACAGAGGAGAGGAGGAGAGAAAGGACUAUAUCGUAGCAUCUUCUUCCUGCAUCGCCAUUCUAUGAACAGUGACUUUCAUGCCACAGAGUCCGCUUGUCACAGGAGUUCCAUUCAUGGAUGAUGCUGCCGCCAUUUUGUGUCAAAAGAUGAAAGGAGUCAUCCAUUUCGUGUCAAGGGGCAUCAUCAAAUAGGGAAGAUUGUGGGGCGAAGCAAUGUACAAAACUGAAAAAACUACAACUGACAUCUCUGAAAUUACCAAAACAUUACAAAUAUGAACCACGUUAGAUUCUACUAGAGGACUCCAGGAGGAAAGAAAUAUUUCCGUAAAAGGAGUGGGUGUGGCAUGUCUUGAAUGAUUGACAGAUUUCCCCCCAAAACUGAUUGAACUAAUGGGGGAAAGAAGAGAGGAGGUUUUACUAGAGAGCUGGAUCUGGGAGUUGUAGUUUUCCUGUUACUGAAGUCUACAGAGAAUGCAAUGGUGCCGUGCGCUGGGAUUACACAACGUAGGGAAUCUUUCCAGGCAUUCCAGAAGGUUCCAUCUUUGAAUGAUGGGAUUGAGAUUUUUUUCUGUAUUCCAAGAGAUGUUCUCUCUCUCUCUCUCUCUCUCUCUCUCUCUCUCUCUCUCACACACACUCAUUCACUCUCACACACACACACACGUACUGUAUAUCCCUCUUUUUACCCUCAUAAUUUUCUAUCACUGUUGAUUCUACCUCUGGUAUAUUAUCCUUAUAAAGGAAAGGUAGAAAUCAAUUAUACAAGCUGCAGAUACUAAUAAAACUAUUUAUAUAUGUA